AUGUCGAGAGCAGCUGAUAUUGCUUUGAUUUGUGCAUGUUGCUGUGGAUUGCAAGUGUUCAUAGCAAUGACAUGUUUUCUAUUGGCAGUUCCAAUAUAUCUUUUGGUGGUUGGAAUUGUGGAAAUGGAUAGUUGUGCGGCUGAUUCCAGAAUUCCAGUCUGGAUGAUCUGCACAGCAGCUUUAAUGAUAAUUGAAAGAAUGAUGGAAUCAGUGAAUCAAGCAAUGGAUCGCAAAUUUUUGAACAAUUAUCCAAAACCAGAAAUUGAGGAUGGAGAUAUAAAAAUAGCAGAAUGGGAAAAACUAAGAAGCGAAAAUAAGUCAAAAGCGCUUUUUGGUUUGAUUUCUUUGAGUCGAUUGGCUAUUUUUGUUUCAACAAUCGUUGGAAGCGUUUUCGUCUUCUCCUCUUAUUCAACUCGUUCCCAGUGUGAUGGUCUUCUCUAUUGGUCUGCAUUCGUAUACUGUAUCGUCACUCUUUCUCUAUCAGCACUUGGAUUGAUUAUUCUCGGAGGAAUGUGUCUUGUUCUAGUGAUUCUAGCAACGAAAUCUAGAAGCUAG